AUGGGCCAGCUGACAGGGCUGGUGGGCAGCAUCGAGUACGGCCUGGCUGAAGACAGGCUGGACGAGACCGGGGACCUGUGGGAGCCGGAGGAGGAGGACCCCACCGCGCAGCGCGAGUGCACGUCGCCCUUCCACCUGGCGCCAUACAUGGGCAAGUACGACGUCGACUACGCCAACGACAUGGACGGCGUCAGGAUGCAGGCGCGCCUGGCAGGGGUGGUUGCUGCCCCGGCCGAGCCGCCGCCACCGCCGCCCUCCUCACCCCCGUUUGCUGGGUCGAUCUCCCCCUAG